AUGUAUACUACGGGGGGCCCCCACCACCACAACCCUCUCACCCCCACCACUCUCUUUUAUCUUCGCCGCAAGGGGGCCCCCAUGAGCUACCAGGGGGCCCCUAUGAGCUACCAGGGGGCCCCCGUGGAGUACCAGGGGGCCCCCAUGAGCAGCGUGGGGGCCCCUGUGAGCAGCGUGGGGGCCCCCGUGAGCAGCGUGGGGGCCCCUGUAAGCAGCGUGGGGGCCCCUGUGAGCAGCGCGGGGGCCCCCAUGAGCAGCAUGGGGGCCCCUGUGAGCAGCGUGGGGGCCCCUGUGAGCAGCGUGGGGGCCCCUGUGAGCAGCAUGGGGUCCCCUGGGGCCCCCAUGACCUACCAGGGGGCCCCUAUGAGCUACCAGGGGGCCCCCGUGGUGUACCAGGGGGCCCCCAUGAGCAGCGUGGGGGCCCCUGUGAGCAGCGUGGGGGCCCCUGUGAGCAGCGUGGGGGCCCCUGUAAGCAGCGCGGGGGCCCCUCUGAGCAGCGCGGGGGCCCCUGUGAGCAGCGUGGGGGCCCCCGUGAGCAGCGUGGGGGCCCCCGUGAGCAGCGUGGGGGCCCCUGUGAGCAGCGCGGGGGCCCCUGUGAGCAGCGCGGGGGCCCCUGUGAGCAGCAUGGGGGCCCCCACGGGCAGGGUGUGA